AUAUUAUAUCAUCUCUCAUGUGUAGUGUUAUGUUAUGUUGUGUUGUGUUUCUCUUUUCAACUUCCAAGUGUUCCUUUUAUUCAACUACCAUUUGUUCUCUUCUCAUCUUAUUCUCUUCUCUCCUCUCCAACCAUUCCUUUUUCUAUUUAUUCUAUAUUAUUUAUUAUUUUAAAUAAUAAAAAAAUAAGAAGAAGCUAGACCAUGACUAAUGUCUUUCACAAAUGCUAAAAAAUACUAUUAGUAUCUAAUACCAGUUUAAGUAUCUUAUAAUUAUUGUACAAUUAAGUAUCGGGUCUUACAUAAUUUAAAAUAAAAUUAUUGGCCGCGAAACCUCUUUAUAUUUUAAUUUUAUACACUUGACUCUCUUAUCUUUUUUUUAUUAGCAAAACUCUUUUAUAUUUAUUUUUUUUUUUACAAAAUUGAGGUUUCAAUUAUAUAUAAUUCGAUUACUACUGUAUUGACUUCAAAGUUUUACUGUCAUGUAUAAAUAGGUGUAUACAAUAGUUAUCCAAUUAAUAUUUGACGAUAAUAUUUAACUUUUAAAAUAAAAGGAUUUCGUUACCAUUUACCUUUAAAAUAAUAACUUUUAUAAAAUUUCACUAACUAAUCGCAAAACAACACUUCUUAACAAUAUUAGACACCACUAAUAACUUAUAGCAAUAUUUUCACAUACAAACAAAACAAAACACAUUCAUUCCUACUAUUCUAUUUCUCCCCCAAUCCUCAUUAGACUUUUAAACACACUCAAACCAAUGAAACACACAACCCUUUAACCCUUCUUUCCUUUCUCUAAAAAAUACAAUAAAAAAGCUUCCUUUUUCUCAUUUUUGUUUUUCCCAAUACAAAGACAUGGAUGAUGAUCAUGAUCAAGAACCUACUCCAACAGUCAGAGAAAUCAAACCCAAAAGCAGAAGAAUCAUGGGAGGAGGAAGACCAGAAGAUAAACAUGAAGAAACACUUGAAGAAGAAGAAGAAUUGAUUAGAAGAAGAAGUAGUAGUAAAUGGCCUCCAUGGAUUAAACCAUUACUUCAAACAAGAUUCUUUGUUCCUUGUAAAAUCCAUGUUGAUUCACACAAGAGUGAAUGUAAUAUGUUCUGCUUGGAUUGCUUACACCUUGGUGCCCUUUGCUCUCUAUGUCUCUCUUCUUCUCAUUCAAACCACAACACCAUUCAGAUAAGGAGGUCUUCUUACCAUGAUGUGAUAAGAGUAUCAGAGAUUCAGAAACAUGUGGAUAUAAGUGGAGUACAAACAUACAUAAUCAACAGUGCAAGGAUUGUGUUCUUGAAUGAAAGGCCUCAACCUAGGCCUGGUAAAGGUGUCACCAAUACAUGCCUUGUUUGUCACAGAACACUACUUGAUUCAUUCUCUUUCUGCUCUCUUGCUUGCAAGAUUGUUGGGAGAAAGAAGAAAAGGGGUGGUGAUGGUUAUGAAGUGGAAGAAGAAGAAGGUGAGGUUGAAAAUGAGUCUGGUGGGAGUAGUAGCAGCAAUAUCAGCAACUACUUUAACAACAAUAGAAGAAGUAAUAAGAUGAGUAGUUUAAAGGGUACAACAACUGGUUUAAGUUAUAGAAGUAAUGGGAAGAGAAGAAAGGGAAUCCCUCAUAGAGCUCCCAUGGGAGGUCUUCUCAUUCACUUUUGACUUCUCAUAUGAUAUGAUAUGAUAUUUAAACACUUUACUCAGAUUAAGCACUUCUUGUCUUUGUAUAUUUUUAAUAAUGAAAAAAGCAUAAGAGUCAAUAUAUACUUUAAUAAUGUAUAUAGGAAAGGAAGUAAUAAUACAAACAUAUACAUACAUUACAUAUAUGUUAUGUACUAAUGAUGAUGAUGAAUGAUGAUAAUUGUAAAUGUAGUAGGUGAAUUUGUGUAAUAUAUAUUUUGAUGUAGUGUAGUGGUUUGUUUGUAGACUAAUUUAAUAUACAUGAGUUUUGUUC